AUGGCAGCAAGAGUCAGCAGCGGGACUUGGCUUGUCUACAGAUAUGAACUUUGCAGAAGUCACUUUUUGCUGGACAGCUACAUAAAAGCUUUAUUUCGUUUCUCGCUGCUGCAGCAGCUGUUUCACUCCCACUGCGUGAGCCAGCAGCUGCAGCUGCGGCUGCAGCAGCAGCUGCUGCUGCUCCAGGAGAAACGCACCAGGAGCAGCAGCCCCACCCACGGGCCCGCUGCCCAGGUCCCGGCAGCAGCAGCAGCAGCAGCAGCAACAGCAGCCGCUGCUGCCAGCAAGUUGCCGGCGCUGCCCAUGGCGCCGCAGGAGCUGCAGCAAGAGCUGCAAAGCAUCCGCCGAGAUUUGCUGCUGGGCGUUGCUGCUAUAUUUGAAGAGAUACAGGACGACCGCUAUUUGCUGCCGGUGCUGCAGCAGCCGCCACAGCCUCCAGUGCAGCAGCAGCAGCAGCAGCAGCAGGUGGCGCAGCAGCAGCGCCAGCGGGACGCGGCUCAGUCGCCGCCGUCCUCUUCCGCGGCGUCGCCGUACAGCGACACCAGCAGCAGCAGCAGCAGCGCAGCAGCAGCAGCAACUGCUACUGCUGCUGCAACAGCAGCAGCCCUUGCUGCGUCGGAAGAGCCGACGGGGUCUCCCUCCGGCUGCAGCAGCCCGGUGGGCGUCCGCUCUUCGGGAGCAGCAGCAACCGGGGAAGCAGCAGCAGCCGCAGCAGCAGCAGGAGGGGGAGGGCUGGCUUUAGAACUGGAGUAUCUGUCGCCGGUGGGGAGAGAAGGCAGCAGCUGGCUUGUUGCAGCAAUUGAAGGCCACUUGCUGCUGCUGCGGUCUCACCGCUGCUGCCAAGAAGGAGGCUGGUGGUCCACUGAGUUUCUUUCUCGGCGAGAUGUCCGGACCACUGUGCAUGCAGAUUUGUUUUUGCUGCUGCCUCUUUCGGUGCUCUGUGGGGCGCUGAAGCGUCCCUGCAGCUGCAGCAGCAGCAGCAGCAGCACGGGCAGCAGCAGCACCAGCAGCAAGUGCACCACCAGCGACGCGACCGACGCCGCGGCGUCGCCCGCGGAGAGCUCCGACGCAGACCGGCAGCAGCAGCAGCAGCUGCUGCUGCUGCAGCAGCAGCAGCAGCAGGAACAGUGCAGGUGCUCCUGCCCAGCGCACGCCCAACUGGCCGCCGUAUUUGAAGAGCAGGAGGCGGAGCUGAUGAGCAGCCGCUGCAGCGCAGCAGCAGCAGCAGCAGCAGACGACAACUGCUCGCAGCUCUUCGACUGCAGCAAAAGAGGUGCUGCGCUGCUGCUGCCUGUGGCUCUAAGAGACAUAGCAAACGUUUUGUUUUGCCCCUGCAACUUUGUGACGCGGCUGGCGGUGCUGCGGCCGCAGCAGCAGCUGCAGCAGCAGCUGCUGCAGCUGCACCAGCAGCUGCUGGACCCCCUGCUGCCGCUGCUGCCUCUUUCUGUUGCUGCUGAUUGGAAAAGAGAUAGUGUUAAUGGGGGGCCCUUUUUGCUGCCUUCUUCUGAAGUCUCGCGGCUGCGGACUCUGUCUCGAAUAGCAGCAACAGCUCCGUGGUGGCACGCGCGGGCGCGGCAGAUAUACGAGCAGCAGCAGCAGCAGCAGCAGCAGCAGCAGCUCACGCUGCUCCCCGCCCAGCAGCAGCAGCAGCAGCAGCAGUACCUGCAGCAGCGAGUCCCCAUACAGCCCCUCGUCAAGCGCUGCAGGUACUGCAGCUAUUCUGGUCUUGCUGCUGCUGCGGAUUUGGUGCAGUCCGUGGAGCAGUCGGUGCUUGCUGCUGCUCAUUGCUGCAGCUGCUGCAGCAGCAGCCCCUUCCCCCCCGCCCCCGUCCCGGUGGACCCAACUGCUGCUGCCAUUGCUGCUGCUGCAGCAAGCAGCAGCAGACACAGAAAGCCCCUCACUGCAGAGCAGCGCCGGCGGGCGCGUGCUGCUGUUGUUGCUUUCAUUACAGCAGAAGAGCGCUGCGAGGCAGCAUUUGCUGCUGCAGCAACUGCAGCACAGAGCAGCAGCUGCAUGGGCAUGCUGCUGCAGCAGCAACACUUGGCGGCCCAGCAGCAGCAACAGCUGCUGGUGCAGCAGCAAGCAGCUGCUGCUGCUGCAGCAAGGAUGCAUGCGUCGGAUUUGUCAAGAGCAGCAAGUUCACCUCAAGGAGUUCUAUCGCUGCUAUCAUCUUUUGCUGCUCAGCAUCAGCUCUCUUCUCUGACUCCGCAGCAGCUGCUGGUGCCUCCGUUUGUGCAGCAGGUGCAGCGCAUGCAGCAGCAGCUGCUGCAGAUGCAGCAGCGGCUCAUAGGCAUGCCGCAGCAGCAGCGGCUGCCGCAGCAGCCGCAGCCGCAGCAGCAGCAACUGCUAAUCCAGCAGCAGCAACAAAGAUUCCCUCAUCAGCUCCCGCCCUACACCCAAACGCAGCACCAGCAACAGCAGAUGCAGCACCCCCAGCUGCAGCAGCAGCAGCAGCUUCAGCAGCAGCAGCUCCAGCAGCAGCAGCUCCAACAGCAGCAGCAGCUGCAACAGCAGCCGUACCAGCAGCAGCGAAAUCCCAGACUGCACCCGCAGGAGCAGCAGCACCUGCAGCUGGCUCACCAAGGCGACCACCAGGAGCAGCCACAACAGCAGCAGCAGCAGCCGCAGCAGCAGCAGCAGCCGCAGCAGCAGCAGCAGCAGCAGCAGCAGCAAGUGCUGCAAAUGCAGCACUUCCAACAACAGCAGGCGCUGCAGCAA